AUGAACUCGGCACGUGUGCCAGCGGGCUUCGUGCCGGAGCUGCCGCCAGAAGGGGCGACCGGUGGCGAUGCUGGCGACAGGCACUCCGAAAGCUCAGCCUCGAGGUCCAGGAGCCCCCGGCGUCGUGGCGUGGACAGCAGUCCCAAGGUGAACAGUUUCUCCCAGCGAGAGGCUCAACGACGCACCAAUCUCCGACAGAGGACCAGCAACACUGGAGAUAGGACUCCUCGAAAAAGCGCUCUUCGGCGCCGCCACUCCGAAGCUCCGCAUACCACCGGGCCAGGCUCGAGUACAGAGAUUGGCCUCCACACCGUGGCCGUCAAGCUCGACGGGUUCCACCAAACUCCUAUGGAUGGCCUGUACAGAAGACGUGACACUGUCGUGAUUGCGGACCAUCCGACUUUCUUCCACACACAAGGUGACAACAUGUUCCUGUACAAAAACAAGUCGGAACGAUGGGCAAUCUCUCCAACAUCCCUUCGCAACGAGGACUUGGUGGAAGCCGCCAAGCAAGGCGAGCAGCAGGGCCUCGCCUGCCAGAAGGCCACGGGCAGUCGAAUGGAUGGCACAUGGAUUGAGUUCUUGAACAAGCGCUGGGUGGACGUGAAGCUGAGUGUCCGCACUUUCAACUUUGAGGAGUAUGAGCGACAUGCACUGGGCCGCCACAAGCGGGCGGCACCGCUGCCACAUCAACCGAAGGUCUCGUUCCCGAACGGUCCCGGGGUCACCAGACCGCGUGUGCAGCCGCUGCCACCUAGGCCCGCCACUGUUCAGGAGCCUGAGCUCACUCCGGAGCAGCUGCUAUGGCAGAUCCAGCAAGAAGUCAGGCGCGAGGACCGUGACGAGAAGCGGCGCCGGGAGCAAGCCAGACAGAAAGCGACCAGUCCGGCGAUGUCCACGGCAGGCCUCCAUGAGCAGGUAUUUGGGGCCGCGGCCGAGACUGCCCUCCCUAGUUCCUCGGCGUCGGCGGCUGCUGCCGCCAAGGCGUCCGCACUGCUGACUGCGGCGUCGGUGAUGCCACCACCCGUCGAGGCAUCCCCACUUUUGGCUGCUGCCUCAACAAUGGCAACCCCACCAAAGAUGGUGCCGGAGGACUCCACGCUGCUGUCUGUGCUGACGUCCCAGUCAACACCGCCGCCGCCACCCCAGGACACGUCGAGAGUAUCUUCAUCGCUAGCAUCCAAGCCCGAAGCAAGCGGCGCGACGGAGGCGCUUCCGACACCCAUGCCCAGUGUGGCUUUACAGCCGCCGAUCGUGACCGAGGCACAGCCUCUCAAACCAACGCAAGAGGACAAUCCCGUGCCAGCAUCUGCUCCAGCUCAACAGGAAGUGCCGAACGUCCCAAAGACGCCUCCGAAGGCAAAGCCGUCCUUCCCAAAGCGAUGGAGCUAUCCAGGGGAUGACAACGUUGACUCUUUCUUGGAAAAGCUCCGCGGAAAGGCGCCUAAGCAAGCAGCUGACAAAGAUCAGCAGUGGCAAGAUAGCAGGAACUCGAGGCAGGAUGACGAGCAAGAGUGGGAUUGGUCCAGCCAGACAUGGUGGGAUGAGUGGAAUGACGAGUCGUGGAAGCGGCAUGAGCGGUGGAGUGCGAAGGACACAGGUGACAAGCAGUGGUUCGAGCCGAAGGAUUCAUGGUGGACCUGGGAAGACCGCGGAUCCGCAUCCUGGAGCCAGACCUGGAACAAGCAGAGCUGGAAGUCAGAAGAGGACGACGAGAGCUGGGGAAGAUGGAAAAGUCUCGAGCAUGGAAGUGGAAAAGGUGGAGGCUGGACAGAAGCGGAGCAGGCCGAAGACAAGAAACCCAAGGACAGCAAGGACGGCAAAGAAAAAGCGAAAGAGAAGAAGGACAAGAAGGAAGACAAGAAAGACAAGAAGGAGCGCAAAGAGAAGCACAAGGACAAGAAGGACAAAGACAAGAAGGACAAGGAGGGGCCAGAAGCAACAUCUGUCGUUGCCAAGGGAAGCAAGGCUCCCGAGCCUGAAGAGGUGGCACAGAAGGGAGAUGUCCCACAGCCUGGCCCAGCACUCCAGGUUGACUUCGGCUUUCCUGCCACCGUGGACGGCUUCUUCCUCUUCAUGCGAGAACGAGAGCGCAUUCGACUGAGACGCGAGUCUUCGCAGCCGUAUCCCUGGACGGACGACAGGGUACUGAGACACCUUCGCGUCAGGCCCCGGCCUGUCGAGCACGACCGCACCAGCAUGCUCAUUCGUCGGCUUCUGCUGCCCUUGGAUGACAAAUGGCACUCGAGCACGUCGCGGCAGCAGAAGUGCGCAGUGGUCCGCGAGUAUGUGCUCAGUCUCGGUUUGUGGAGGCGUUUUGGCUCAGUGAACUUCAUCAAUCGUGCCGGCAUUGUGGCCGGAGAUGCGACGCCGGAGGAGCUUAGCGCGAAGGCUGUAUCAGUGGCACUGGACCUUUGGAAGAAUGGAUUCCACAGCUGCAGUGAUGCUUAUGGACCUGCCAGCCGUGCCCAUGCUGCAGAGCUCUAUGCGUGGCUGGGCGAAGAGGCUUCCAGAUGGGUGAAGGAAGCUGGCUUAGAUCGCCGCAAAGCCGAGCUGAGCAGGGCAAGGCGUGACUAUGCACAGCACUUCCUGGUAAUGUCUCUGGUGACAGACGCGGGGCUGGUCAUCGUUAGCAGCGGCUUCUUGCAGGUGCUCAACGAGAACGGCAAAGCCUUUCGAAGCUCCGCAAGUCAAUGGGCAAAGUAUAGGGAUUCUCCAGGGCAGGCGAACUCAGAAGUCUUUUUGAAAAGGCUGACGCGGUGGCAGACAUCGUUGUGGAUCAAGGGCCCGUGCGAUUCCCACAGCUGGUGCAGCUUCUGGGAGCCGCUGAUGGCCAUGGGGUCGGUAAAGGCGUCUACGCAGCAGAGAUCGUUCGAGACCUUCUGUCGACACCCAUCUUCAGUUGUGGUUGUCUCGAUAUCGAUCGCUGGGCACCUUUGGAUCGGCCAACCCGAUGUUGCCUUGACCGCUUGGCUCAGCGGCCUCGAAAGACAGAGGUGCCCAACGAAGUGCUCCUGGAGGAGUUGCUCACGAUCUAUGGCCGCCGGCACCAGCUAUGGCCCGCAAGCAUCGAAGACAUGCCCAGCGUUGACUUGCAACUGGGGGACCUGCGCGCCCAGCUGGCCGAGUUCGAACGCUACCAGAGGGCAAAGGACGGCCGUCCCUCCCGGAUGCCUUUCGUGGUCCGCAGCUAGGCAUCUGGCAGCUCCGUCCACCGUGAGCCUUGACACGAGGCCCAGCAAAGCUCGUGACCAACUCGUUCGAACAUGUACCAUCGUGAACUAG